UGAGUUCGCAUCUGUGUGGCGUGAUGAGGUCGUGCGGCCUAGCAGCUCUUGUUUUGCACAAAAAGAAACAUCCACGUCACACAUUUUGAUUUGUGGAAAGUCAAUUCGACAUUUCAUUACUGCAAGAUUAAACAAGCAGCCGCAGGAUUCAAAUAACUUUUUUUUUUUAUUGAAACCCGAUGUAUAAAUAUGACGGGGAAUGGAAGGACAAAAGGCAGAAAUGCUGCGUCAUUGUGCAGCUUCAGGCGUAAUGCCACUUUACAUUCGGCCAGAUGAACAUUAAACACAAUCAAAUAAAACCCUAGACUUCCUUAACUUUUGUAGUUGAUUACAUUACAGCAUAGAAUUACCGUACAACGCAACCCUCUGUACCACACAAACUCGAUGUUAUGUUAAAGAAAAUGGUCUCGUGUAAAUAGAGGGACAGCUUUAGUAGCAAGACAGUAUUGUUAGGCCUCUGCUUGCCUGCAAAUAACCUUAAAUAACCUAUUAAAUAAGAUGACAAAAACAACGGCAGGGAACAAACGUGCUGCUGCUGAGGGGUGGCUGUUCGGAAAGCAAUUCCAAAAUUUUAACCGAACUUUUUUUUGUUUAGAUUUUAAUACAGUGUAACUUACCACAUAUAGUACAACACCUUGUAUUAUCUGCAUUAAAUGACAAAACGGGCAGUGUGAUCGCAGUUAAUUCGUUUGCGUAUUUGAUGGAUUGUAUUUGUGCAUUUCUACUUGAUUCGAAAUGACAAAAAAGUGGUAAUGUGGAACAGUAUGAAAAAAUGCACAACAGUUCUGUUAUACAAAAAAAUAACUAGAGGGAACUACACUAUGAAAUAGACCACACGUUUGUUUUCAAAACUAGAGCACCCAACUAACCACAGUGUGUACUAAUUAACUUUAUUGUCUCGAUUUUAGGCCAAAGCUGUGGGUUUAAAAACCGAAUCUAUACAUUUGGGCGUUUCACUCGGCGCUUUAAAAUGGCGCCUCAUCUCUCUCUCUCUCUCUCUCUCUCUCUCGGAGAACAAACCGUCUCGAGAACGAGUUGUGAGAGAACAGUCGGAUUCGCGUGACCGACUCGACUGUCCAAUCGCAGAACUACAAAUUGCACAAGCCGCCUGCGCCUGGAACCCCCCAGCCAAUCCAAAAACAUAUUCUCCCCUAAUUGACGUAAUGGUGCGGGCGGAGACGCCGGGGGUGGGACCGCAUUGGGCGGAUUCAUUUUUAGUGUUGGGCGUUAAGAGUGACCACUCAGGGGAUGUGUUGGGUGAGUUACUUGCAGAUAAGCCAGUAGAUGCUGCGACAAAGAAUGAUGGACAGUUGCAAGCAGCUAAUGUGAUUGGGAGUAUGAAUACUGGGUGGGUUUGUUUAUGCCAAGGCGUGGAUUCUUUGAUUGAAAGCUCGAGGUGCCUAUGAAAUGCUGAGGUAUUUUAAACGGCGAUCCAUGUAGCACCCAAUCAGCGUCGUAGGUGGUUUUAUAAACAGCGGGGCGGAGGCGGAGCGGCGCCAUUUCGCUGAAGCGGAGAACUGGAGGAGACAGGAAAGAAGCUUAAAAAAAAAAAAAAAAAAAAAAAAAAAAAAAAAAACCGACAGCGGACGGCGGCAGAUUCCGGAUUCAUCCGAAUGGAAACGGCCGUUAAUCCGCCAAUCGACAGGUUGCCUGUGGAGGCUGGCACUGCCAUGCUGGCUGUGGGAGUGGGUGUGGGCUCGGAGCACGGCUCUGGGAAGCGCAUCAGGAAGCCCUCUCUGCUGUUCGAGGGGUUUGAGAGCCCUGCCCUGCCCCACUCGAACCCCCACCAUGCACUCCCGCCCCCCCAGCCAGAGGUGAGGAGCCCCAGCCGGCCUGGUCGCCUCACCAACCAGCUGCAGUUCCUGCAGAGAGCCAUGAUCAAGGCACUGUGGAGACACCACUUUGCGUGGCCCUUCCACGAACCUGUGGACGCGUCCCGACUCAGCCUGCCUGACUACCACAAGAUCAUCAAGCACCCUAUGGACAUGGGAACGAUAAAGAAACGGCUUGAGAACAACUACUACCGCAGCGCCAGUGAGUGCAUGCAGGACUUCAACACCAUGUUCACCAACUGCUACAUUUACAACAAGCCCACGGACGACAUUGUCCUCAUGGCUCAGUCCCUGGAGAAAGUCUUCCUCCAGAAAGUGGCUCAAAUGCCCCAGGAGGAGAUUGAGCUGCCCACCCCAGCACCGCGGGGCAAGCCGGGCAAACCGGGCAAGGGGCGCAAACCAGCAGCUCUCUCUGGGGGCAUGACGACAGCUCACCAGGUGCCUGCUGUCUCCUCGGUCUCUCAGACUAACGUGUACUCCCCCCCGACCCCUGAGAUCCCAGCCACCAUCCUGGACACCUCUCCCCUCAGCAAGAGCCUGUCUCCCCCGCAGCAGAUACUCAGCAUGCCUGUCGCACCAACACAGCCCAUCACCAAGAAGAAGGGAGUUAAGCGGAAGGCUGAUACCACCACCCCCUCCACAAUCGCCAUGCCAACACCCCACAGUGCAGACUCGUCCCCCCUCGCCUCGCCCCUCCCGCUGGCCCUGCCCCCCGAGGUGAAGGCAGCAAAGGUCCCGGCGCGGAGGAGGGAGAGCGGCCGGCCAAUCAAGAGACCCCGCAAAGACCUGCCGGACUCGCAGCUGCAGCACCAGCCCUCCAAGCGGGGCAAGCUGUCGGAGCAGCUGCGCUACUGCAGCGGCAUCCUGAAGGAGCUGCUCUCCAAGAAGCACGCUGCCUACGCCUGGCCCUUCUACAAGCCCGUCGACGCCUCUGCACUGGGUCUGCACGACUACCACGACCUCAUCAAGCACCCCAUGGACCUCAGCACCAUCAAGAGGAAGAUGGACGGCCGAGAGUACCGUGAUGCUCAGGAGUUUGCAGCGGACGUGCGGUUGAUGUUCUCAAACUGCUACAAGUACAACCCUCCAGACCACGAUGUAGUGGCCAUGGCCAGAAAACUGCAGGACGUGUUUGAGUUCAAGUUUGCGAAGAUGCCGGAUGAGCCGCUGCAGACCACGCCCCCGGCCCUGGCGCCCCUCCCCCUGGGCAGGGCCUCGUCGGACAGUGAGGAGAGCAGUGCCAGCUCCAGCGAGAGUAGCGACAGCUCAGACAGCGAGGAGGAGCGUGCCAACCGGCUGGCUGAGCUGCAAGAGCAGGUGAGAUAUCUGAGGGCGGUGCACGAGCAGCUGGCAGCCCUGUCACAAGCCCCCAUCUCCAAGCCCAAGAAGAAACGCGAGAAGGAGAAGAGGAAGAAAAAGAAGCCAGAGAAGCACAAAGCCAGGCCACCCCCAGAGGAGGAGAGGAGCGAGAAGCCGGCCAAGCCUGCCAAGGUGCCCAGGACCCCAAGGAGCAGCAGCACAGGGAGCAAGAAGAGUGGAGGGGGCAAGAAGAACGGCAAGACCACCAAGUCCUCCAGGAAGUCCUCCUUGACUCCGCGGCCGGCCCCUCCCCCUCCACCCCCCCCACCCGCGAUCCCACACUACGACUCAGAGGAGGAGGAGGACACCAAGCCCAUGAGCUACGAUGAGAAGCGGCAGCUCAGCCUGGACAUCAACAAGCUGCCGGGGGAGAAGCUGGGCAGGGUGGUGCACAUCAUCCAGUCCCGGGAGCCGUCUCUCAGGGACUCCAACCCAGAGGAGAUCGAGAUUGACUUUGAGACACUCAAACCGUCCACCCUGAGGGAGCUGGAGAGAUAUGUCAUGACCUGCCUCAGGAAGAAGCCACGCAAGCCAUACGUGGUAAAGAAGCCGAGCAGUGGGAAGAGCCGAGAGGAGCUGGCUCUGGAGAAGAAGAGAGAGCUAGAGAAGAGGCUGCAGGAUGUCAGUGGGCAGCUCAACUCAGCCAAGAAACCACAGAAAACCAAAGCAGAGAAGCCUAGCAAUGCAGAGCAGCACCCGGCUGCCUCCCGCCUCAGUGCCAGCAGCUCCAGCUCCGAUUCCUCCUCCUCCAGCUCCAGCUCCAGCUCUUCAGACACCAGUGACUCUGAUUCGGGCUGAAGCAGCGCCACCAAGCCCGAUAGACAGCACCCCUCCCCUCCCGGGAACACAGGACUGGACCUCCCAGCAGGGCCUGGCAGGAGGGGAAGACACAGAGAGAGAGACAAAGAAACUCCCCUUCCAUGAUCGGAGAGCUGCCAGCCAGCACCAUGGACAGAAGGGCAGGUCUCACACGUGAGAAAAAAAGGAGAUUGAUGCAGCUUUUUUUCUUGAUCUUCCUUUUUUUUUUUUCUUAAAGUUUGAUUUGCGGCUGGAGUUGAGGGAGAGAGGCAGACAUGUAACUACCCUGCCUCCUGAAUGCUGAUUCUCACUUUCUGUAAUGAA